AUGCAAUGCCACUGGGCAGAUUACGUUAAGCGAGACCGUGAGCAGCAGUUGGGCAACAACGUAACCGGGGCCGGUUGGGCUGACCGGCCAGAGGCAGCGAAGCGGAAGCCUGCCGUCAUCCGCAAGCAGGCACAGUCGCAGGCCGAUGUCCCCCUCCCCGUGCUGUCUUCACGUCAGAUAGAGUUGAUGUUCGGACCAGUCGCGUCUGCCGCGCUGAAACGCGAACCAGCGUAG